ACUCUCCCACUAUCUCUCUACACAUAUACACAAUCUUUGCGUGCCUUCAUCAUCGUCUUCUUCUCUUUCUUCAAUGGAGGUUAAUAUCCGAGGCGGAUUCUCUCUUCUUCUUCUCGCUAUCUUCCUUUCAGGAGAUGAGGUUUCAGCAGCCGUGUUUAGGUUACAAAACAACUGUAGCUAUACAAUUUGGCCGGGGACGCUCUCCGGCAAUGACGGUGCUGCCUUAGGCGACGGCGGAUUCUCAUUAUCACCUGGCGCCUCUGUCGAGUUCUCUGCUAUGCCAGGCUGGUCGGGCCGGUUCUGGGCCCGAACCGGUUGCACUUUCGACGAAUUCGGAAACGGUAACUGCCAAACCGGCGAUUGCGGCAGUACUCUCAAAUGCAACGGCGGUGGUGCACCACCGGUUUCGUUAGCCGAAUUCACCAUCGGCGGCGGCAUCAGCAACAGCGACAAGGACUUUUACGACGUCAGUCUAGUGGACGGGUACAAUGUGGGAAUCGGCAUAAGGCCAACAGGUGGUGCCGGCGACUGUCUCUAUGCCGGUUGCAUAGACGACCUGAACAUAAAGUGUCCGGCGGAACUAAGAGUUGUCGACAACAAUGGUGCGGUGGUGGCUUGUAGGAGCGCGUGCGAUGCCUUUAAAGGAGCUGAGUUCUGUUGCACUGGGGAGCAUGCAACUCCGGCGACAUGUGCUCCGACGCAGUUCUCGGAGAUGUUUAAAGAGGCGUGCCCGAGUGCUUACAGCUAUGCAUAUGAUGAUGCUUCCAGUACGUUCACUUGUUCCGGGUCGGAUUAUCUGGUAACAUUCUGUCCAACAACUAGGUUUUGAUAUCAGAGAUUAAUUACCAAUUUUUGAUUUUAGAAACAAAAUCAUUGAGAUUGAUGAUGACUUGAAAAUCUUACUCUUUUUUGUGUCAGAUUUUUAAUCAGAUGAAUACUUGAUUAGUUUAUGUAGGAUUUCAGUCUGCAAUUGGUACUUAUUGUUUUUUUUUUUUUUUUUUUCAAUAAUAAAUAUCUGUGAUAUUGGUAUUAUACUAU